AUGGCAAGAGUUUCAGUAGAUUUUGGCAUGAUAUGGAAAUCUAAUUGUACUUUUGAUGAGAAUGGAAAAUUAAGAUAUGGAAAUCAAUCUAAUAAAUUCUUGGAUAACGUUCUGGAAUUUUAUGAUGAUGAUGGUAUUCAUGAAAUUAUGUUGGAAGAAAAGAGAUGA